AUGGUGGCAUACAAAUACAUUCAGGAGCUGUGGAGGAAGAAGCAGUUGGAUGUCAUGAGGUUCCUGCUGCGCGUGCGCUGCUGGCAGUACCUCCAGCUAUCAGCGCUGCAUUGCGCGCCCCGGCCUACCGGACCCGACAAAGCCCGCAGGCUGGGCUACAAGGCCAAACAAGGUUAUGUCAUCUACCGUAUCCGAGUUCGCCGUGCUGGCCGAAAGCGUCCAGUUCCCAAGGGUGCAACCUACGGUAAACCCGUGCAUCAUGGCGUCAAUCAGCUGAAGUUUGCCAGGAGCCUUCAGUCUGUAGCAAAAGAACGUGCUGGCCGCCACUGUGGGGCCCUGAGAGUCUUGAACUCAUACUGGGUGGGUGAAGAUUCAACCUACAAAUUCUUUGAGUUUAUUCUUAUUGACCCAUUCCAUAAAGGUAUCAUACGAAACCCCGACACUCUAUGGAUCACCAAGCCAGUGCACAAACACAGAGAGAUGCGGGGGCUUACCUCAGCUGGCCGAAAGAGCCGGGGUCUUGGAAAGGGUCACAAAUUCCACCAUACCAUUGGAGGUUCUCGUCGUGCUGCUUGGAGAAGGCGCAAUACUCUCCAACUACAUCGAUACCGCUAAUUGGUGCACAUUAAUUUG